AUGGACCUUCCUCAACCCUCUGGUUACGAGCAUCACCAAGCCCAUCAUUACCAAAGCCCUAGCCCAUCAUUUCCUGUCUUGCUCUCCCCACCAAUCCUUCAGUCAACCGCAGCUACCACUACUUAUGACCGGACUUGUUCAGGAUGGCCUACAAAAUACCAAAUUUCUUUACCACCUCUUUCUCAUGUAUUGCUCAAUACUCAAUCAGACAGUCUGGCACCAAUCAUGUCAACACACUCUCCCUCUCCAAUCGAACAUAAACUGCCGUUUGUCAGCACAGCUUUAACUGAAGCUGAUCGCAAGUCAGGCUCAGGCUCAUGCUCAGGAGGUCUCGAACCUCAAACUAGUAGCACUAGUAACACAUGCGUUACCUCUUCAAAUCGUCACACGAUCGCACACACUGCGCAAACAUUUUCUUGCAUGAGUCUAUCUUCAGAUCGUCGCCAGGGUUACAAGUCAAAGGCUGAAAUUGAGGAAGAUGAGCUGCCCAGAGCCAAACGGCCAUUGUUGUUUGUAGAGGACGUCAAGCAGCCCGUAAUCUCAAAACCUCGAUGGCAAGAUUCGGAGCGUCUGGUAUUACUUGAGGCCAUUGUACAUGACAAGGCACUUGAUGAUCUUUCGACAUUUAGAUGGGAUUGGAUCUCAUUGACAGUCGGCAAAGCCAAACCAGCUUGUAAAGAGCAAUGGCUAUGUGACGUUUUACCUGCCCUUCUCCAAAAACCUUCAUCCUCUUUAGAAUAG